UUACGAUUAUGGAAUUCCACAGCACAUGUGUACUUCUAACAUAUUUAUUCUCCAUCGUCCUUGCAAUCGUUUACAUUUCGUUGAUCAGUUAGCGCCUACCUUCAAAUUGAAUUUGGCGCAACGUAGGUGUCAACUCUGACUCACUGCAAAACACAAGUAAAUCGAACGACUCACUAACCAGUAGAGAAAUAGCCGAACAACACAGAAGUCACCAUGUCUUUCAAAAGUCAUUUAGAAAUGAUUAGUCUUAAUGAGACCCCUUCAAAAAAGGCCAAAUUCUGGCAGUCUUUUGUUAGGUCUCUUAAAGGAUCCGACGAUUUAAGGGCAUCCGAUCCGGUACACGCUAGACCGAGAGGCAUCUUUAGACCUCUCAGCGAUCUUCCCGAGCUUUCUUCGGGGUGGCCUUUCGGCAAAUCCAUCUACGAUGACCCCAGUCACGCCGCCGAACGUAUCCACGUACCCGGAUAUCGUUACGAUCCUCUUCACCGUGACACAUACGGAUAUUCACCGAGACCAAUCUACCCACAUAACUAUGGCUCAUUGGAUAGAUACAGGCCUGUAUUUCAUGUGACUAAGCCGAAACCUUUUGACGCUGAUUCCGCUUGGAGAGACCACAUCGAUCGCGUAAAAGGUCGCGAGCCCAGCCAAUGGCCUAGCAGCAUUUUUCAUACAACCUAUCCAUUCUCGCGCUACCCGCUCUAUCUGGUGUACAGCAAGAGACCACCACCAUCUGCUGACAAGUACGAUCCCCAUCGCUCGUGGUUGAACCACUUGGACCGCUUGGCGGAAUUGGACAAACUCUACCCAACUCUGUGGCCAUUAAGUGGCAGCUCACCAAGCCUUACACCUCCCAAGUCCAAUCGUCCCGCAGCAUUUAACUACGCUGGUCAACCCAUUUGGAGCCGACCACCAAGUAAGAGUCUGCUCAACGAUCUCCUGAAUCCCUCUCCCUCCCUGCCGAUCUCCGCCGUAACUCGCGAUCCCUUCUGGUGGGACUCGCCCCUCAGGCCUGCUUCUUCCUACAGUCCUUGGGGCAAGUCUCCUUUUUACCUGCGCGACUCCUACCUAUCCCCCGUCAAGAGGACGUUCCUGUGGGACAAACACCCCAUCAGGCCGUUCGCCGCUGUCUACUAAGUUUGCACCACUAAGAAUUCGGUGAUAUCUUUGAUCAUCGGAACGGUACGAAAUGCCUGACUACACACUAGCCGACUGAAAUAUUCGAUCGUCUAUUGAAAAAAUAUUUCAACAAAAAGUGUUCACAAUUAUACAUACUUAUACGUUAUACAUUAUCAACCAAUAUAAUAGAACCAAAGUGCCUUAUAAUAUACAAAAAGUCAAUCAAUGCUAAAAAUUCAUUAAACGGAUCGUUUCAUUCACUUGCAUACAAGAAAUCGUGUCUCUCCAUUCCAUCCAAAUAAACUGCAAGUGGAUGAAAAACAAUUAUGUCAUCGUUAAAUUAAUUAAAUUAUUUUACUUUUAAUUUUAUCUAAGGUUUGGAACAAAAAAACAAUAAAACUCUACAAAAUUUUA